CACACGAUUUCGAUUGAUAAAAUUGGACUUCAACAAGUUUUGUUACACUGUCCGUCUUCCUAAUCAUGUCCGGUGUGUAAAUGUGAUUUUUUUUUGUUUAAAAGGUAUAUUUGAUUGAAGAUGGCAUCGGUUGAAAUCCCGUUGAAAGAUACUGAUGAAGUGAUAGAGUUGGACCUCGACCAGCUUCCUGAUGGUGAGGAGGUGUUGAGUAUUCUAAAGCAGGAAAAUGCACCUCUACAUACAUGGAUCACACUUGGGCUGGAAUACUACAAGCAAGGCAAGGUGGAUGAUUUCGUCAAAAUCUUUGAAUCAUGGCAGAAUGAUGCCAACUGCAAUUAUUCUGGUGGCGAUAAAGACCAGAUGACUGCGUUGGACACACUUGCAGCUUACUAUGUGCAACAAGCACGCAAAGAGAAGAACAAAGAAAGGAAAAAGGACCUGUUUACUCAAGCAACCCUUCUCUACACCAUGGCAGAUAAAAUUAUUAUGUACGACCAGAACCAUUUGCUAGGGAGAGCGUGCUUUUUUCUGCUCGAAGGUGAUAAAAUGGACCAAGCCGACGCCCAAUUCAACUUUGUACUGAAUCAAGACGCUUCAAAUAUCCCCGCACUCCUUGGUAAAGCUUGUAUCUCCUUUAACAGGAAGGACUACAGAGGCGCAUUGGCCUAUUAUAAGAAAGCACUCAGGACCAAUCCUAACUGCCCAGCUGCUGUUAGGCUAGGCAUGGGACAUUGCUUCAUGAAACUUGGAAAGUUCGAGAAGGCAAGGUUAGCGUUUGAGCGAGCCAUGGCACUUGAUCCAAAAAGUGUUGGAACUAUAGUAGGCCUAGCUGUGCUAGAGCUGAACAGCAAAGAACCAGAUUCCAUUAAGAAUGGCGUACAACUUCUCUCGAAGGCAUACACCAUUGAUUCUGGAAACCCCAUGGUUCUGAAUCAUUUGGCUAAUCAUUUUUUCUUUAAAAAGGACUACAGCAAAGUGCAGCAUCUUGCACUGCACGCAUUCCAUGGGACUGAGAAUGAAUCGAUCCAGGCGGAAAGCUGCUACCAGUUGGCAAGGUCAUUCCAUGUUCAGAGUGAUUUUGACCAGGCUUUCCAGUAUUAUUAUCAGUCAACUCAGUUUGCUUCAUCUCAGUUUGUACUACCGCACUUUGGUUUGGGGCAGAUGUAUAUCUACAGAGGAGACUCCGAAAAUGCUGCUCAGUGCUUUGAGAAAGUGUUGAAAGCUCAGCCAGGCAACUAUGAGACAAUGAAGAUUCUUGGCUCGCUGUAUGCUUCCUCAAAGGAUGAAGCAAAAAGGGAAAUCGCCAAAGGCCAUCUUCAGAAAGUUGUCGACCAGUUCCCAGACGAUGUGGAAGCCUGGAUUGAACUGGCACAGAUUCUGGAGAUUACGGAUGUUCAGGGUGCCCUGUCUGCAUAUGGAACAGCCACAAGGAUUCUGAAGGAAAAGGUACAAGCCGAUGUUCCCCCCGAGAUUCUCAACAAUGUAGGGGCCCUGCACUACCGACUGGGUAACCUUCAAGAAUCAAAGCGUUACUAUGAAGCAUCACUCGAGCGUUCACGAAGCGAGUCACCGCAUGAUGAGACAUACUACAGCGCUAUAUCAGUAACAACCACCUACAACCUAGGCCGUCUUUACGAGGGAAUGUGCCGUUAUGAUAAGGCAGAGAAGCACUACAAGACCAUUCUUGGUGACCAUCCUAAUUACAUUGACUGCUACCUUAGAUUAGGUUGUAUUUCACGUGACCGAGGACAAAUCUAUGAAGCUUCUGAUUGGUUCAAAGAGGCUCUGUCAAUCAAUCAGGACCACCCUGAUGCCUGGACUCUGAUCGGCAACCUGCAUUUAGCCAAGCAGGAGUGGGGACCUGGACAGAAGAAGUUUGAACGUAUCAUCAAGCAAACCUCAACACAGAAUGAUACGUAUUCCCUGCUAGCAUUGGGUAAUGUCUGGUUACAAACCCUCUACCAACCAACAAGGGACAAAGAAAAGGAAAAACGACAUCAGGACCGAGCAUUGAUGAUGUACAAACAAGUAUUACGAUUGGAUAAAAGGAAUUUGUACGCAGCCAAUGGCGUAGGGUCUAUUCUGGCUAUGAAGGGCUAUAUGAGAGAGGCCAGAGACAUAUUUUCACAGGUUCGUGAAGCAACAGCAGAUGUCAGUGAUGUGUGGUUGAACUUGGCGCACAUAUAUGUCGAACAGAGACAGUACAUCAGUGCAAUUCAAAUGUAUGAGAACUGUAUCAAGAAGUUUUACAAACAUCAUAACGUUGAGGUGUUAUCGUACCUGGCCAGAGCUUAUUUCAAGGCCGGUAAACUACGUGAAUGCAAGUAUGCUCUUCUCAAGGCCCGGCGUGUGUCACCUCACGACUCGGUUCUACUGUUCAACCUUGCUCUGGUGCUGCAGCGUAUUGCUACUAGCGUAUUGAAGCAGGAGAAGAGUAAUCUGAAGACGGUGCUUAGCGCCGUCUCCGAGCUUGAGACGGCUCAGCGGUACUUCACAUACCUGAGCAAAGCAGGGGAUAGGAUGAGGUUUGACCUCAACAAAGCUGCAGCUGAAGCUAGGCAAUGCUCUGAUCUCCUGAAUCAAGCACAGUACCAUGUAAGAAGAGCUCGUAAGCAGGACGAAGAAGAGAGAUCCAUCCGACAAAAACAGGAAGAGGAACGUUCAGCACUUCGCCAGAAACACCAAGAGGAAGAGCUUGCUAAGCAACAAGCUGAGCAACAGAAGGCGCAAGAAAUGUUGGAGAAGAGAGCGCAGUUUAUUGAGAAGACCAAGAAACUGCUUAUCCUUCCAGAGAUCAAACCAGAAAAAAAAGGAAGAAAGGGAAAGAGAUCAAAAGAUGGAGAAAUCUUCAGCGAAGGCAGUGAGAGUGAAAAUGAAGAAAGGCCAAAACCAAAAAAGAAGAGAAGAAAGAAGAGUGAUGAUGAAGGUGAUGGCCAAGAGAGGAAAGGCAAGAAAAGAAAAAGACAAAGGAAGCGUGGAGAAGGAUACGAUGAUGACGACGAUGAAGAAGCGCCUCGUAAAUCGCGCAAAGAGCGCAGAGCCCCAAAACCAAAAAAGAAGGAAUCGGACCAACUGACUGCCGCGCAGCGUAGGAAGGUGAAAUCAAAGGCUAUGGUAUCUUCCAGUGAUUCUGAAUCAGAUGGCGAGAAACUCAAAAUCGUUGAAGAAGAGUACAGUGCCAGUGAUGGAGAGCAAAAGAAAACUCCAGCACCACGUGGACGCAUCCGCCGCAGACUUGCAUCCGAUUCCUCUGACAGCGAUGAAAGUGGGGCCGACGAAAAACAGGCUAAUGAAUCAGGUGCUGAUAACUCUGACGCUAAUGACCAGAAUCAUGGAUCGGAUCAAGAGGAAGGUCAGGGGUCAGACCAAGCAUCUGAUGUGGAAGCCCAAGAUUCCAACGAAGGGUCAGCUCAAGGGUCAGAUGAAGAAAGGUCAGGUGGUGAAGAAUCAAAUGCCGGAUCAGAUAAUGAAGAAGUGAAAGAAGCAGGGUCAGAUGAUGACGUUGAAAGAGAUUCUGGUGAGGAACAAGCGUCAGGGGGCGAGGAACAAGCAUCAGGGGGCGAGGAACAAGCAUCAGGGGGCGAGGAACAAGCGUCAGGAGGUGAAGUAUCAGGUGAAGAUGCCAAUCAGGAAGCCAGUGAAGCAGAACAAUCAGCAGAUGAUAGUGAUUAGAUCAUUGAAAUAACUGAAUUUUUAAUGCUACAAGAGAAUCACUAGCUGUAUAGUGUACUGUCAUAAAAGUGUCUAACUUUAGUUUUUUUCCAUUUUCCUUUUUAUAUAAACUUUAGUAUAAACCUGAUACUGAAAUUACAUAUGUCAAUAUUGUAUUACUAAAAAACAAGCUAAAAAUAUUACCUGUGGGUAGUAAAUAUUGAGUAUAAUUCAUAUGAAACGGGUUUCAUUUUAAUCGGAAAGAAAACAUAUCUUGUAAGAGGGGUGGGGGAGUUGGAUUUUGUUUAUACAUUGGCAGAUCAAUUAUUGGUUGACAUGACUGUUAAACAGAUUCAGUUGUAUCUACAAACUAAAUAAAUAUUCUUGCACUUGUGUAGGCUUAAUCAGUCAAGCAUGGCAGUCAGCCAACACAUGCAGAUCCUUUUUGCUGUUCACUUGAGACAGUGGGUUCUGUAUGCAUAUUGGACAGACUGUAAUAUUUUAACAUAGGAGAUAGAAAGCAAUUUGAAAUCUCAAUUUGGUUGUGUCUUACGUGUAUGUGGUUUACACUUGGAAUGUAACAGCCUUAACGGAUGAAUGCAGGAUUCUACCAUAAUGAUUAGCAAAUAUAUUUAUUUGACGACUCCUCCCCAGGGUGUGGAAGUGUUCAUAUUAACAUUAAUAUAUGGUGAGAGACUUAGUAAAAUGCUAUGUGCUUCAAAUCAAGCCAAAAGGCUGAAACACAGCAGGCAGGCUAUUUGCCUCACCACCAUUGGACUAAAAAUAUAAAUUUGCCAAUCUCUCCUAACCACUCUCAGACUUCUCAAGUUAGUAAAAUGCAUUUCAGUGACUGUCUACAGAUUACCGUAGUAGCUAAUAAUUUGCCUCGAGUCCAAGAUUUGGGUUGUCAAAGUUGCAGGUACACUAGAAAAAGGGCUGUGGAAUUUCAAUCGAACUGGACAGGAUGAAGAUUUAUGGGUCUGUAAGGACAGUGUAUCCAAAGGUUCUGAUAGAAAAAAUGUUGUCUUGGACAUUCGACAAUGUGUAAACCUAUAUAUUUCUGGGUCUAGGAAUAAUGAUGAAUUUCCGUAGUAUCUUCAAAUUGUCUAUUUCCGUAAACAUCCAUAAUUAACCAAAAAUUUCCAUCUUAUUAUGUUCUAUAGAACUUGAGAAGUAUGCACUCUAAAUCCAGUUAAAUUUCCCAUGCCUUUCAAUCAUUUUGUUAAGCCUUACUUGUACUGUAUUUGAUUUUUUUUUUCUUACUAAGUUUCCAAACCAUGUUUCUGUAUUGUAACAUAUUAAUUGAUAAUAAAUUUCACUGACCAUGUGCUUCA